AAGAGUGACGACGUGGAAAGGAGGUAAUCAUAGUGUUAAUAUCGAUUUAAUAGGAUGGUUUACAGACUCUUAGUCCGCAGAAUAUGGACCCUACCCAUUAAAGAUCUCUGCUGCCCCACCUUCUGUGGCUCCCCUUCCAUUCCCAGCCCCCUCUAUGCCUCCUCGUCCUCUCUGCCCUUGCGGUCCCUCUCCGUCAUCUCCAGUCAUAAUGUGUCGUUCAGUGUGCAGGACAACAAGGAUUUCACGGAGAGGGUCAUCAAUAGCAGUCUUGGUCCUGUGCUGGUCGGCUUCCAUGCUCAGUGGUGUGGACCCUGCAAAAUCCUGGGCCCCAGAUUGGAGAAGGCAAUUGCUAAGCAGCAGGGUCGUGUUGCCAUGGCAAAAGUGGACAUUGAUGAGCACACAGACUUAGCCCUUGAGUACGGGGUGUCAGCCGUCCCCACGGUGAUCGCCAUACGAGGUGGAAACGUCAUCGAUCAUUUCGUUGGGAUUAAAGAUGAGGAACAGCUCAACUUGUUCGUCAGCAAGCUCAUUGGACAAUGAACCUGGGAGUCACCACUUUUGCCCAGUUAACUACCACUCCCACCCUCUGAUUUCGCCUGAGGCUCCACUUAUUUCGCUAAAUGACCACUGAGCCUGUAUUACCCCACAAUACAAUCGUACACACUCACAUACACUCUUAACUUCAUCUCAGUGCCUCUGUUCAAUGUAACUGCAAUGUGCUUUGCUGUGACCUGUGAACUGCUGUGUGUCAGAAAAGAAUAGCACUUGCAUAGACAUGUUGCUCAAAUAUGGGAAUAUGCAUUUAGACUGAUCAUAUGCCUAAAAGUGUCUUAUUGUCUGUCUUUCAGUGGAUGUCUUGCUUGUAUGUUUCAUUGUGAGUGUGUAUGUGUGUGUGUGCGCUCGUGUGCACACCUGUUUCUCUCUCUCUAAAGGGAAUUCACAUAACCUUCAAGUGGAUAUGAGAGACUUCCAGUUGGUGUUGUAGUUUGCCAAUAGACUGUAUAGUCUGGAAAGAUCCUGCUUUACUGUACUGGAAUGUGCUGUGUCACUCUAAACUGGUCUACAUCUUAAAGUGAAAUAUAUUUUGAAUGCAAUCUGUAAUGUUGCUGCCUGCAGCUCUUGAAUUUGUCCACAUGGGGGUGUCUCUCCUUUCUCCUGGUUGCUGAGCAAAUGAGCCAAGGGUCUCUUGGGAGGCAGUCAUUCCGUACUGCUAUGCCUAACAAAAGGAGAGUGGACUGUGACUGUCAGUUGGCCUGGAUGUGUCUCAGACCAUCUCUGUCUCUCUGUUAUGACUGUGAGAUUUGCAUCAUGUAGACGAUGCAAACAAGGUUAAGGGUUUGAUUUAGGUUUUUAUUUUAAUGAAAUAUGUAAUAUGACUAAAUAUAUGAUGACCAAUUAUA